CUUAAAAAUGAAGUUUUCUGCUGUAAUAGUGAUAAUCGAGGUUAUAAUUAAUCUAAGCACGGCAGUGAAUGUAGACACCAACCCAAAUUUCCGGCAAAUUCACCCAACAGUGCACCGAAACUCCGACGCCAGUGUGGCUUCGGUGCACUACUACCUAAACGACUCGUUAUGGGAACUGAAGCUGGAACCCAAGACAUACUCAAAGACCGUGAGGGUAAAUUUUUUGCUGAAUGGCACAAACUCUGAGAAUGAUCUUAGCAUACCGAAUUGUCACUAUCAGGUAAAGCUGCUUUUAUCUGUGGAAGGUUAGACGAAUUACGACAAUUUUUAUUUCAGGGAGUUGUCCUCGGAAAACCCUUGUCCAAAGUUGCAGUCUCGAUCUGCAACGGUGACCACAUUCAAGGGGAAGUGUUUGAUGGGACGGACGUGUACGCCCUGACUUACUACGGUGGACAGUAUGUCACGCGGUACCCUCAAGAGGCUGGCAAUUCGU